AAAAAAAAAAAGCUUUCGAUAGAAGCUUUGCCUCUGUCAUCACAUCUGUCUGCCUUUUGCCAUUAGGCGAGCAGUGUAUUUAUUUUUUCAGUCCUUUAUUUGCAAAGGUGCUAGUCGUGCUGUAUUAUUACUCUCCAUGUGUGCACUUAGUUGAGAGCAUAGUACAUUUGUUCUUUACUGAUGAACUAAUGGUUUCUAAUGAGUUGCAGGGUCUUCACUGUUGUAAAAGCCUGUUUUGACCCCAAAUGAUUUGGGCUAGGUCACUAAAAUGCUAGGUGGUGAAAUAACCUAGCAUACUUAUUUGAGCUUGCUUAACCUGUAUGCUUAUUUGAGAGGGGAAAAAAGGAAAAAAUACAGCAGCGGGAAAUUGUUAUUGGUGUUUAUACUCCAAUAGGUUAGUGAAUUCUCAGAAGUGUGAUACCUGAAAAGAGAUUUUAAAAUUGAGUAUUUCUAAAGUAACUUAGGGUUAAAUGGGACUUUCUGGAAACAAUCUAAUAAUUAUGGAAGAGCCUGUGGGAAGCUGGAUACCUGAGAUCUGCUCUGAACCACAUACCACCAUGUGGCCUGGUUUUCAGAAACUGAAUAUACUCCAGGGUUUGUUGCAAAUCCCCUUUAUUGAGAGGUCAGAUGGAAUCUUAACAAAUUACAUAAUGAUACACAACUGUCAUGGAAACGGGUAGUUUCAGCUUUUUGCUCUGGUUCCUUCGUUCUUUCUUUAUUUGUCUGAAUGCACCAUAAUAAUAGUUUUUGAGACUGUACAUAACCAAUUCUAAACUUCUGGGGAAUGUUUUAGUUAUCUGCGAGAUCAACCCAGCUAGUUUUGGUGCAAAUAGAAAAUGAGUAAAGCUUAAUUUCCACUAAAAUCAGAUUAAAGAAGGAUUCUUCAAAUGCUUUCAGUGUAAGCCCUCUACAGCUGUCAGGCUAUCUGUUCUUUUCCUUAGAAAACUGUGUGGUGGCUGCAAAGCUUAUGAAACUGUGAUGUGAGAAGCACAUAGAAAUGGUGUAAUUGAGAAUAGGAUUUUUAGCCUGGCUAUUCCAAACUGUAGGAUUUGUGAUAGCAAUAACUUUAGGGGAAAAAAAAAAAAACCAAAAAACCCAAACCCCCAAUACUGUUACAAAUCCAUAUCUUCCCUCUUUAGUGAAAGCUGUAAGAAUUUACUGUAUGCAUACUCAAAGAUACCUAGGGAAUUCUCAAAAAGCCUGGGAAUGUUUCUUGUGUUGUCAGGGUUGAAAAAAGUCCACUUCUGUCUGUCUUUAGAACAAGCUAUUAAAGUUUCUCUUAACCAAAGAGAGAGGUCAGAGACGAUCAGUACUGCAUAUUCUCUGCCACUUGAGGAAAAUUUAGGAGCCAGGAACUACAUUUAUAAUACUUCACUGCAAGGUAGGGCCAUUUUAUAAAACUAGCAUGUUCAUCUUUAUUUAGGUUUUAAAUCUCAUAAAGACUGCUUGGUUUUAGGAAAAUGCUGGCUUUUUUGCCUUAAAUCUUGUGGAUUUUCAAAGGCUUUUAAAUAUCAGAUAGGAGACAGGCAUUUUAUUUCAUAAUUAAUGACCAAGUUAGAGUUGGACUUGUUUUUAAUAAAGUGAGACUAGGAAGGAGAGGAUGACCUUGCUAACAGAGUAUGAACAAAUAGCUGGAGGACCUAGCUUUUCAUUAGUUUGGUAUUUUAAUGCACUGUCUUUCACAGGUCAAGGAUUCAGCCAGGUACCUUUGGGGGGUGCCAAAACAUUGCAGGUGGAUUUAUCCAUUGAUUUUAGUGGAAUGAAGCGAAGAUAAUUUUGUUCUUAGGCAAUGCUUUCAGUGAAACCAGAUGAAAACAUCCAUUGAUAUAAAUACAAAACCAAGAUCAUGCUUAAUGCUACCCUGAUGUGAUUCCUGACUCAAGAGGGGAAUUUCUGCUCUUCCAAAAGGCUAUGCAGUACUGUAAUGGAAGUAAUAUUUGCAGAGGAUGACUGUGGAUCCCGAGAAGGUUUGCUGGCAGGUGAUUCCUCUAACACCUUGGAAGAUGAGAAGUGACGUUCCUUACCUGUUCUGCACGCCCACACUUGGGUGCAUAAGACUGGUCCUGGCAGAGUUCCUGAUAUAUUUCGUAGAAUUAUUCUGAUGGAUCUGCUAAAUCUAUUCCGGAGCCAAGGGUGGACAACGAGUACAAGGGAAGUGUUGCUUCUUUAAAUGGACAUCUGCUCUUGCGGUAUGGCCCAGAUAUCCAGUAGCAAUGGAUUUAAGCAGCGCUCCUCACCUUCUUUGGCAGCCGCCAGGUCAAAAGAUGUGGACAAAGAGGAGGCGUUGCAGAUGGAAGUUGAGGCAUUGGCUAAGAUGCAGAAAGAAAGAGGUGUAGCUGGUAAUAAACAAACUUUUCAUUCUUUAAGCAGCACCAGACAAAAAGUACAGACUCAUAACAAACAGGACCAUGAUCUCAUGGUGUUUCCAGAGUCUGAUGCCAAGAGCAUGGAAGAUAAACUAAGUACCAUUGACAUAGAGAAGCUUACUCAUGCUGAACUAGAGAAACUGCUGCUGGAUGACAGUUUUGAAUCUAGUAAAGUACCCACAUUACCAGUGACUCCUAUUUUGAGCCCAUCUGUGUCUUCGCAAUUUUAUCUUGGGCCUACAGGUCACAGAAGACAGUGGACGCCUGGGAUACCAGCACCUGUGACAUGCACUUUACCUCCUGUUUACCCCUCAGCUUCUUACACAAAACAGACUGGUGUAUUUCAAAAUGGAUUCCAUCCAAAUAUGUCCUCCUAUUACUCUAGAGAACCUAUUUAUCUUGGUCUUCCAAGACAGUCGCAAUACAUUUCAUACCCAUUGGCAGCUACUGCACCUUUCCAUCCACAAGGAAGCCUACCUAUAUAUCCUCCAGUACUUACACCAGAAAUGGCAAAAGUAUUUGACAAAAUUGCAAGCACCUCAGAAUUUCUGAAAAAUGGGAAGUCAAGCACCGACUUAGAAAUGACUGCUAUAAAGUCUGCAGUUUCUAACCUACCAACCUCGGAAAGCUGUGGGGAUGUUAGUAAGUUUGAUUGGUUAGAUUUGGAUCCCUUAAGUAAACCAAAAGUGGACAGUGUGGAGACUUCAAAUAAGGCAGAGAAUGAUGGAGAGGGGGCUUCAGGUAUGACUGCUGAAGAUCCAUGGGAUGCUGUUCUGUUGGAAGAAAAGUUGUUAGUAACUUGUCAUCUGGAAAGAAAAGUUAAUGGGAAAUCUUCUGGAGCAACAGUUACAAGAAGCCAGUCCUUAAACAUGCGAACAACUCAACUUGCAAAGUUACAGGGCCAAACAUCACAGUUGCAGAAAGACAAUGGGACCACUGGCAUGCUGACAGAAAACGUGCUUCUCCAAGAAAUUGAAGGGCAGAAUCAAGAACUGUCAGCUUUUUCUCAAGCAGUUACAAAAUUGAGGACCAAGUUUCCUUAUGAUAAUCAGCAAACAAAUCCAGGCUUUGUGCUGAGUCCAAUCAUGCUGCAAAGAAAUAUAAGUGGGGAGAGUGCCAGUGUCAAGGUUUCUAUAGAAAUCGAAGAAUUCCAGCAACCAGUAACUUUUACAUGUGAUGUGAGUUCCCCUGUUGAGCUUAUAAUAAUGCAGGCACUUUGCUGGGUACAUGAUGAUUUGAAUGAAGUGGACAUUGGCAGCUAUAUCCUGAAAGUCUGUGGCCAAGAAGAAGUUUUACAGAAUAAGCACUGCGUAGGAAGUCACGAAUAUAUUCAGAACUGUCGGAAGUGGGAUAUAGAAAUCAAACUGCAGCUCUUGACCCAUAGUGUAAUAUGCAGAGAUCUGGCGCGAACAGAAGAUGAUGACAGAACACCCAUACAUCUAACCAAACACCUUUAUAAAGUAGAAAAGCCUUUCAGAGAACCUAUUAUAAGGUCUUCUAUUGAAGAGCUUCUUGAUGUGUAUCACAAGCAAGUUAACAUAGCUCUUAAAAAUGAGAACCAGCAUAAAGCAGUAGAUCACGUAAUUAAGACUGUCAGAAAAAUCUGUUCUACAUUGGACUGUGUAGAGACUCCUGCAAUAACAGAAUCGGUAAAGAAGCUAAGGAGGGCUGUUAAUCUUCCAAGGACUAAAAAUGCUGAGGUAUCCUUAAAAUGUGGUGAUGACACAAGCAAGAACUCAUCUGAUUCACUGCAGCCUGAAAACCCUCUGAAAGUGAGUAUAGACCAGUUAACAAGAGCGGUUUUGGUUGAGCCCCUUCUGCAACUCCACAUGAAUUCAUGUAGCAGUUCUGCAGCAAUUCCUCCAAAAGAUCCUAAGAGCACUAAGGAAGCAUGGACUGCCACAGAGCAUCUCCAGUUCACAAUAUUUGCUGCUCACGGAAUUUCUCCUGGUUGGGUAUCAAAUUAUGAAAAAUACUACUUGAUUUGUUCUCUGACCCAUAAUGGAAAAGAUCUGUUUAAGCCUGUGCAGUCCAAGAAGGUUGGCACAUACAAGAACUUCUUCUACUUGAUUAAAUGGGAUGAACUAAUAAUUUUCCCAAUCCAGAUUUCACAGCUGCCUUUGGAAUCAGUCUUAUGUCUGACUUUGUUUGGAAUUCUAAAUCAAAGUAGUGGGAGUUCUCCUGACUCAAAUAAGCAGAGAAAGGGCCCAGAAAUUUUGGGUCAGGUUUCUCUACCUCUUUUUGAUUUUAGGCGAUUUUUAACUUGUGGGACAAAGCUCUUGCAACUCUGGACCUCAUCACAUCCACACCAUGCAUCGGGGAUGGCCAGUAAGAAAGGAAAUACGGAAAGAAUAGUAUUGCAGAUUGACUUCCCAUCCCAUGCUUUUGAUAUUGAAUAUAAAAUCCCUCAAGCUGCAAAGACUACUGUGCAUCAUUCCAUAGAAACAUUAGAAAAACCAUUGAGAGAACGUCUCCUUGCCAUUCUCUCAAAGGAUAACACUAUUGGGCUAUCAAAAGAAGAUAAAGAAUUUUUGUGGGAAAAGAGACAUUAUUGUCAUAGUCAUACUAGUAGCCUACCAAAAAUAUUGGUUAGCGCCCCUCACUGGGACUGGGGAAGUCUUCCAGAAAUAUAUUCAUUACUUCAGCAGUGGCCUCCUUUAUCACCCUUAGCUGCACUGGAACUACUUGAUUCAAAAUUUGCUGAUCAGGAAGUACGAAAUACAGCUGUGAAUUGGAUAGAGACAUUAAGUGAUGAUGAGUUAACAGAUUUCCUCCCUCAGUUUGUGCAGGCAUUGAAGUAUGAAACCUACCUUGACAGUGCACUUGUCAAAUUUCUUUUGGCUCGGGCACUGGGAAGCAUUCGAAUAGCACACUACCUAUAUUGGCUUCUUAAGGAUACACUGUAUGAUACAAAGUUUGGUGUAAGGUAUGAGCAAAUUCUUGGAGCUUUUCUUUCAGUCUGUGGGAAAAGGCUGAGAGAAGAGCUGGAGAAGCAGACCAGACUAGUGCAGCUUUUUGGAAUGGUAGCAGAAAGAGUAAAGCAAACGAGUGGAUCUGCUCGGCAGGCUGCCUUGCAAAAUGGCAUGGAACGUGUGCAGCUAUUUUUCUUGAAGAACAAGUGCCGUUUGCCUCUCAAUCCCAGUCUUGUGGCAAAAGAGCUAAAUAUUAAGGCAUGUUCUUUCUUCAGCUCCAAUGCAGUACCACUGAAAGUUGCACUGAUAAAUGCAGACCCUCUGGGAGAAGAAAUUAAUGUGAUGUUUAAGGUUGGAGAAGAUCUGAGGCAAGAUAUGUUGGCUUUACAAAUGAUUAAGAUUAUGGAUAAGAUCUGGCUGCAGGAGGGACUGGAUCUACGGAUGGUUAUCUUCAAGUGCCUCUCAACUGGAAAAGACAGAGGCAUGGUAGAGCUUGUUCCUGCUUCAGAUACACUUAGGAAAAUUCAAGUGGAAUACGGAGUGACAGGUUCUUUUAAAGAUAAGCCUCUGGCAGAAUGGUUGCGGAAGUAUAAUCCUACUGAGGAGGAAUAUGAAAAGGCUUCAGAAAACUUCAUUUACUCUUGUGCAGGAUGCUGUGUAGCUACUUAUGUAUUGGGAAUUUGUGACCGCCACAAUGAUAACAUAAUGCUCCGAAACACAGGGCAUAUGUUUCACAUUGACUUUGGAAAAUUUUUGGGUCAUGCGCAAAUGUUUGGUAGCUUUAAAAGGGAUCGAGCUCCUUUUGUGCUGACAUCGGAUAUGGCUUAUGUCAUUAAUGGUGGUGAAAAACCCACUAUUCGCUUUCAGUUGUUCGUGGACCUCUGUUGUCAAGCUUACAAUUUGAUAAGAAAACAUGCAAACCUCUUCCUUAACCUACUUUCACUGAUGCUUUCUUCUGGGCUACCAGAACUAAGUGGGGUUCAGGACUUGAAGUAUGUCCAGGAUGCUCUCCAGCCUCAAACAACAGAUGCAGAAGCUACCAUUUUCUUCACAAGGUUGAUUGAAUCCAGCCUGGGAAGUGUUGCCACGAAGUUUAAUUUCUUCAUUCACAACUUGGCUCAGCUGCGUUUCUCAGGUCUACCUUCGAAUGAUGAACCCAUCCUCUCAUUUUCUGCUAAAACGUAUUCUCUUAAACAAGAUGGCCGAAUCAAACAAGUGUCAGUGUUUACAUAUCAGAAGAGAUAUAACCCAGAUAAACAUUAUAUCUAUGUAGUGAGAGUUUUGAGAGAAGGGCAAGUUGAGCCAACGUUUGUCUUCCGAACAUUUGAUGAGUUCCAGGAGCUCCACAACAAACUUGGCAUUCUCUUUCCUCUUUGGAAGUUACCAGGCUUUCCUAAUAAGAUGGUUCUGGGAAGAACACAUAUAAAAGAUGUAGCAGCUAAAAGAAAAGUGGAGCUUAACAGCUACAUACAGAGCCUGAUGAACAGUUCUUCAGAGGUGGCAGAAUGUGAUCUUGUUUAUACUUUUUUCCAUCCAUUACUUCGUGAUGACAAAGUGGAAGGAAUAGAUGGAAUAGCCAGACCUACAGAUACAAGUCCGUCAAGUCCUACCUCAGGCAAAGUGGGAGGAGAAGUGAAAUUAUCCAUAUCAUAUAGAAAUAGCACUCUGUUUAUUAUGGUGAUGCACAUUAAAGAUCUGGUUACAGAAGAUGGUGCAGAUCCAAAUCCCUAUGUAAAAACAUACCUACUUCCAGAUACGCACAAAACAUCCAAACGCAAAACCAAAAUCUCCCGGAAGACAAGAAAUCCAACUUUUAAUGAAAUGCUUGUGUACAGUGGAUAUAGCAUGGAGACUCUGAAACAGAGAGAACUUCAGUUAAGCGUGCUCAGUGCGGAAUCAUUACGUGAGAAUUUUUUCUUGGGUGGAAUUACACUCUCGCUAAAGGACUUCAACUUGAGCAAGGAGACUGUUAACUGGUAUCGACUAACUGCUGUACCCUAUCUGUGAACUCAUUUUUACGCCUGAGUAAGACCAGAACAAUUGUAUUCACUCAUGCUUUGUGCAUCUUCCUACUUGAAGAGAACUUGUACAUCUUAAAAGAAGGGACUCUGCAUUUCAACAGAAAUGUUGGACCAAUGUUCAUGUAGCCUAAUUUGGAGGAUUUCUAGAAAACCUGGUUUGUGCUUCUGCGGUUAUCAAAGCAUCAAUGUAAAUGUUUAAGAGUUGCAGGUAAAGGAAGGGGUUUUUAAACCAUCCAUGAAAGUGAGAUGAACAGUUUGACUAUGCUGGUUGGCUAAACCAUAACUUAAUCAUUAGGCCUGUGGAUAUAGUGCAUUUUUGCUUUUGAUUUUUGUUACGUGUCGUGUCAUCCACGGCAUGAUGCUGGAGAACAUCAAAGAAAUGACAUAUUUUUAGGAUUACAUUCCCACUGCUAACUAGACAUCACAUAAGCAGUGACGGGUAAAAUUUUGGUGGCUUCACACACAUCUGUAGAAAUGAAGGUUGAAGGGCUGGAAAAAUUCCUUAGCGUUGCAUUUAAUCCCAGAUUUGUGCUUCUCUUAAGACUUACUGGAGUGAGUGCCAAUAAUGGAAGUUGUAAAUAAUGGUGCCUUAUAAUUCAAAUGCUUCUCUUUUACCUCAUUUCUGGUAUUUAAACAUGUAUACAUGCUAACUUUCAGCUCCUUAAAAAGGGGAAACAUUCUUGUAUUUGGUAACUUGCAGGUCCUGCUGGAAGUCUUUUCCUGAGAUGUGUUCUUUACAAAUAACAUCACUAUACUGAUCUUCACGGUUAGUGCAACUUUAUACACAUUUUUUUUCUACCCAUGAUGUCUAAAAAUUGAAUGAAGAUUGGCUGAACGUGGUGCCAUGGGAAAACAUGCCCAGCUUCUCAGUGUUUUGAAAUUUCUAAAUUUCUAGAACUUCUAAAUACUGCAGUGAUUAAGUGUGGAACAGAUUCAAACACUAAAUCCAAAAUGGCAUUUGCACCUAAAUUCCUUACCCAUACCUCCAGGUAAAGGAUGGCCUCUAGUUAAAAAGCACAACUGCUGGAUGAAUUGCAGGCCAGAAGCAAGUUGCAUUAACAGAGCUUUGAGACAGGACCUUGGUUGCUCUAUUUUUAUUUUUUUUUUAACAGUUCACAGCAAUACUGUUUCUCACUCCCAGUAGGAAUUCAUUCCACUAAAAAUACUGAAUUCCCAGGAACAUGAGGUUUUAACUAUAUUGUGACAGUGGAGUACAACGUGGCUUACUGUCUCCUGCUCAUACCACUGGUUGAUUACUUAGCUGUCUCUGCACUACAGGUGUAGCCUUUUCAUUCACCUUACUUGGUGCUGAGGAUGGUCAUGUUCUGCCUAAACAAAGCUAUAGGGUGAAGUUGCACACUUUUUUCUUUAGUACUAAAUCUUGAAGCAAGACAGACUAUCACCACUGACUAGGACUAGAGCGAAAUGUUAAAUACAAUAUGCAACUAUGAACAAAGACACAACAUGGGGAAAGCCUUCUACCUACCCAACACUAAAAACCUAUUUCAUAACCUGAUUUUCCUUCCCCUGCUACUGACCAAUCUCCCUUCAAUACAGAAGAGAGAAGUAAACUUGAAUCUCCUGGUGCCUAAAAUACUCACGGUCCAAUUUUGUAGAAAUUACUACAAUUAAAAAGCUAAGAAUAUCUCGAAUGUUAGAAACUGGGUUGAUACUAAUGGGCGCUAACAAAUCCCAAAUCCCAGUUUUAUUAGGCAUCUUCUGCAUAUUUUUCAUUUAGUAUAUAGCCUGUAAAUAAUAAACUAUAUAACUAACUAGAUAUAUUUCCUGCUCACUUGAUGCUUUUGAGACUUACUCCAUUCCAUCGUUAGAAUCACAAGUCACUUAAACACAGGAAAGUAGACUACUGUUUUUGUGAAACGUUCCUUUGUGAAAUAAAAUGAAAGCAAUAUGUACUGCCUUUUUUGCAGUUUGCUAUUAAAGCACAGUGUCUUACAGCACAAAAUACAAUAAACUAAAAUCAUUUAAAAAAUGAUUUGCAGUUUUAACAGUUGUCUGGACUCUGGAAAAAAAAAAAAUGUAUUGUACUGUAUUACUGUUAGCACUUGUCCUGACUUCUGAUUUAAUCUUCUUCAUAGCUUAACUCAUUUUGUGCCUUUCCCUUCCUUUUCAAAGCAGUCACUGGCUGAAGCUUUUUAUGGUCAUGGUUUUAAUUUUGUUGUGGGACCUGGCCUUGGCCUCUCCUCACCCGUAGAGGAACAGCACCAAGCUUGCACCUCUUUGCACUAUUCUCAAUUAAGAAAAAAGUGAUUGCCGCAAUAAAUGCGAUUGUUGCAAUAAGACUUCAAUGUACUACAUUUAAAAAAAAAAAAAA